AUACAAAUAUACUUAUAUUUUUGUGUACGAUGUUUUUUUUUAAGUAGUUGAUGUUAUCAAUUUCAGAAGGUCAGUCGUAAAACAUUGCUCGGCUUUGGUCAUAAAUCAAUGAUCAGUCGAUAAGUGUAAUGUCAGAGGAUGAUCAUUUCCAGCAGCACCGGUGCUUUGGCGAGACUGAAUCUCUUCUUGGAUUUUUUUGGGGCAGGUCUGGAAUGCUUUCGUCUGCUCUGACGUCAUUUCCCCGGCCAACGGCAGUGGGUGAGCGGCGCUGUUACGGAAUGUCGUCUGCUGUUCCGGGCUCUCCUAGUCCUCCGUCCUGCGCUUCUACCCCUUCCUCGACGUCCGUCAGAGUGGGCAGUCCAGGCGGGUCUGGAGGACCACUGUCCACCAGUCCGGGAGGAGGAGGAUGGGCGGGGGUGGGGGCUGGCGCUUGCGGGGGCUCCGGAUACACAGUGCCAAGUGGCUGCGGAGCCACCAUCGCUCCCGAUAUCCACAUGCAGAAGGCGGUGCUUGAGCAGCUUCUGGAACGGUCCUUGUCGGAGGGAGACUUCUGGUACGUCGUGGUUGCCGAGUGGCUGGAGCACCUGAAGAAGUACCUUGGGAUCGCCAGCACGCGCAAGUACUACCAAAAGAGGGUCACGACCCUGCCGGGUCCCAUCGUCACGCGGCGGGACUUCGCGCACACCGUGGACGUGGUGCACGAGGACGCCUGGCGCAUGCUGAUACAGUGGUAUGGGCUGGCGGAGGGUCAUAAACCCAUGCGGUUGGUCGUGUACCGCUACGCUCGCGGGCCUGAGAUCGAGCACAACCUCAACACAUUCAAGCUGAUGUUGACCACCUCCCCGCCCGAGGACUUCCACAACGUGCGCUUCAGCAAGAUGGAGAAGCUGGGCCACAUUGAGUGCAGACUACGGCAACUGUACGCCGUUCCUGUCCACAAGGAGACGCGACUUUGGGCGCGAGUCGAGCCGGACAACGAAUGGCGACCCUUGGUGGCGCGCGACAAGUGUGUCGGGCGUGCGCUGGACAUGGACUCGGACUUCACUCGCCCCGUCAUUGCCUUGGAGAUUCAAGACGACGACCACAUGUGGAGUCGCCCGCCAGAGGGCAUCUCGGACUCCUUCUUCGCCCCCGGUGACCUGAACAUCUCCGAUGCUUCCCCUGGCCUGCCGCAGAGCUACCCGGUUGGCCCACUGUACGAAAACAGCAUCUUCGACGACAUCACCACUGUCUGGGAAGGUGACAUCCACGACCAGAUUGACAAUCUCGGCAAGAGUUUCGUCGAACGCCUCCACAGCAACUUUGCUGUCUUCGUGCAGCGCGCGCGCGAUUACGUCUCGGACCGUGAAGCUCACCUUCGGGAGCGGGAACGUCAGAUCAACGCCAGGGAGUCUGUGACCGAGCGUCUGGCGUUCCGGCUGGAGGAGAAAGAGAAACGGCUGGCGGAGGAGCUUGGUGCUUGCGAGGACAAGAUCAAGGAGUAUGAGCGGCGAAGGCUGGAGCUGGAGAAGGAUAUGGCCGACCGGCGCGAGGAGACAGAGCGGCUCCUUAAGGAACAGCGAGAACAACUUGAGAUGGAAGCCCGAUGUCUGGAGACUAGGAGGGAGCACUUUAACGAAGAGAUUAAGAGAAUGACAGAACUGCACGUCAUCCAGGAGGGUCGAGUCAAACUGGACAUCGGAGGUAACCACUUCACCACCUCGCUUCUGACGCUGACCAAGGAGUCCGAAUCUAUGCUGUCCGCCAUGUUCAGCGGCCGCCAUCCCUUGAAGACUGAAGCAGAUGGCAGCUACUUCAUCGACCGUGACGGCACCCACUUUCGCUACAUCCUGAACUACCUGCGGGACGGCUGCAUCAAGGAAGGCACGCUACCUUCCAGCGACACCGUCCUGCGCGAGCUGCUGACGGAGGCGGAAUACUAUCAGCUCUCCGGACUCGCAGACAUCCUCGGCUCCUUGUUAUCGAAGCAAGACACCGUUAAAUCAGACGGCGAAUCUUGAACCAAAGAGGAGACCGUUUUGCUUGAACGACUUUGCACGGCCAGGAGCGCGUGCGAUUCGCCUCAAGUGGCCGCAACUGAGGAAGCCGCUCGAAAGAGCUGACGGCGUGAUAGAAAUGUCAGUCUGUCGGUCUGUCAGCCCACAACCGAAUUUGGUUGGUGCAAGCUGUUUCUGCUGGCUUUUUGCCUUUUCUUUUGUGCUGUGUGAAACAGCCGUCCGUCUCAUCAACAAAAAUCGACGUGAAGCCCAUGUUAUGACAAAUCGACUUUUGAGAGCUGACUGUUGGAGAUCGCAUCUCAAUAUCUUGUUGGCGAGAAGUAAAAACUAUGACCGCCAACAUGUCGGCUUAUCAGAGCGGGCUGUCCUUUCUUCACUGCACAAGCCAUCACCACCGUGGUAACUUUAUUUGGUGACAGCUGGUGACGUCUGCCAUGAACUUUUAAAAACUUUGUUUUAAUUAUGGUCGGUUACCUUGAAUAAUAGCAGUACGAGAAAAUUGUAAAGAAUUAAUAAUAUAAAAAUUAUUUUAUGUCAAAAAUACUGUUUGCAUAUGCUGUGUAUGCUCAGGCUAAUAUAUGUCUCUCGAGAUAGUCUCUCUUUUUUUUAACUUCGACAUAAAGUCUGUCGGUUCCUCAAACUUAGGUGCCCCUUUUAAUUUCUUCAUAUACUUCUUAGAUUAUAUUAUUCAAAUAUAUGUCAAUUAAGAAUAUUUCUGGUCAUUACAUUUUUUCUGUAGGUUUAGGAUAUAUCUGUCGCUUAUCCCUGUAAGCAGUUCUUAUCCGUAUCAGCAGUCUCAAAAGGAUUGUCGUUCUUGCUCGUUAUGUCAAAGCGUCUAGCUCUGCAUAGUAGAAGAAUUAUACUGAGACGAGAAUGUGGAAAGACAGUUUAAAUGUGCAGGGUAAGAGCAUUUAAUAUUUGAUUAGCACAGCACCACCAAAUACCUAACCUUGAAAACUUCAGGAAACUGAAACUUCUUGGCAUUGUUAACAACGGAAAUGCUUAUCUCCCUUUUUUACUUGGGUGCUAUGGUACGAAGUGUCUGACCUGAAACUUUUACGAGAUUGCAGUAAAAAAAAUGUAGAUUUGCUGGCGAAACUAGUCGUGGUUAAUAGGUCAGUGACAAGUCUGCAAAGACGGUGCCAGCGAAGGCAAUUCUAUUUUCUGCUUCAGAUGUUUAUUUAGUUCGAUUAGUCAAGAAUCUUGUAGUUUAUUAUUUUGAUUUUUGAUGUACUCAAAUAAAAUAUUUUGU